CGGAGCAGCAAGAGCUCCUCGCCGGUAGCAGUUGGAGCUACCGCAUGGGAAGGCAUGGGAUGGUUUGGCCGCUGCCUGACGCAGCAUUUAGUCUCGCCGGCUCUGCAGAGUUUAGGUCUCCGUUCCCGGGCUCUGCUCUCCCGCGCCCGCAAGAGCAGCAGCUUCUCGGCCAUCUCCUCUCCGCCUGCUCUUUCCCCGCUUCGUUCCCCCCGUUGGCGAAGGUGGGCCUGGCCUAGAGCCGCCGCCGUCUAUUCCCUCAGGCAGGCACCGCCUCACUUCCUCGUAAGCGGGGCGGGGCUCUUUCCUUUUGCACCGGCCUCGGCCCUGAACAGCCGCUUUUCCCACCAUCUCAGCGGCGAAGAGUCCCAGGAAAUGCCCGCAGCCCCCCGACCAGACUACGAAAGUGAGGACGAGCUGGAGCCUGAGACCCCCAUGGAGUCCGAGAGCGCCUUGGAGAGCAGCAGCGGCAAAAAGCAUAAGAAGGAUAAAAAAGAUAAAUCUAAAAAGCAGAAACUGAAAUUGCAAAACUCUCAGCCAGAGGAAGAUGAGCUGUCUGAUACAGAAUUAGAACCUCCCAAACCAAAGAAAAUGAAAAAAAAGAAAGAAGUUUAUGAUGAUAUUGAAGGCAUAAUUGCAGAACACAUUACAACAUCCUCUCUGACUAAUGGGGUUGACUGCUCAAAAAAGCAGAGUAAUUUUGAUGGAGAAUCAAAUACAGAGUGUGAAAGUGAUCAAGAUCAGGAAUUGACUGAAGAACAAAAGGAAGGAGCCUUUGCCAACUUUGGUAUAUCUAAAGCAACUGUUGACCUUCUCAAAGUUCGUGGAGUUAACUACCUGUUUCCAGUUCAAGUAAAGACUUACAAGUAUAUAUCUGAUGGCAAAGAUGUGAUAGCCCAAGCUCGGACUGGAACUGGGAAAACCUUUUCUUUUGCCGUUCCUUUAAUUGAAAAACUUCAGGGAGAUCCCCAGGAAAGAAAAAGAGGUCGCACACCAAAGGUGCUAGUUCUCACUCCAACCAGAGAGUUGGCAAUGCAAGUAGCCAGAGACUUUAAAGAUAUCACAAAGAAACUCAGUGUGGCUUGCUUCUAUGGAGGAACAGCCUACAAUGGACAAUUUGAUCUUAUUCGUAAUGGCAUUGACAUCCUGGUUGGGACUCCAGGCCGAAUUAAAGACCAUCUUCAGAGUGGCAAGUUGGACAUUUCCAAUCUAAAGCAUGUUGUCUUGGAUGAAGUUGACCAGAUGUUGGACAUGGGGUUUGCUGAACAAGUAGAGGAAAUCUUAGCAUAUGCCUAUAAGAAAGAUUCUGAAGACAAUCCACAGACAUUACUCUUUUCUGCAACGUGCCCACAUUGGGUUUAUGAUGUAGCAAAGAAAUAUAUGAAAACCAGAUAUGAGCAAAUUGAUCUUAUUGGAAAGAGGACUCAAAAGACUGCUAUGACUGUAGAACAUUUGGCUAUUGAAUGUCAUUGGUCCCAAAGAGCUGCAGUCAUUGGAGAUGUCAUUCAAGUCUAUAGUGGUAGUCAUGGACGGACCAUCAUUUUUUGUGAGACAAAAAAGGAGGCAACUGAACUGGCACUGAAUGCCUCCAUAAAACAGGAUGCACAGUCUUUACAUGGUGAUAUUCCACAAAAGCAGAGAGAGGUAACACUGAAAGGCUUUCGGAAUGGAUCAUUUGGAGUUCUUGUUGCAACCAAUGUAGCUGCCCGUGGUUUAGAUAUCCCAGAGGUUGAUCUGGUAAUACAAAGUUCACCACCAAAGGAUGUAGAGUCCUACAUUCAUCGUUCUGGGCGCACAGGUCGAGCUGGACGAACUGGGAUGUGUAUCUGUUUCUAUCAGCGGAAAGAAGAUUAUCAGCUAAGACAAGUAGAACAAAAAGCGGGGAUUACAUUUAAACGCGUAGGUGUUCCUACAGCGACGGACAUAAUUAAAGCGUCCAGUAAAGAUGCUAUCAGAUCUUUGGAUUCUGUUCCUCCAUCUGCCAUUGACUACUUCAGACAGGCUGCUGAGCGGCUGAUAGAGGAAAAGGGGGCAGUGGAAGCUCUGGCCGCUGCCCUGGCUCACAUUUCAGGAGCUACUUCCAUUGAACAGCGUUCUUUGCUCAACUCUGAUGCGGGUUAUGUGACCAUGACGUUUCAGUGUUCAGUAGAAAUGCACACUAUUGGCUAUGCUUGGCGAGGCUUGAAGGAGCAGCUGGGUGAGGACAUAGACAACAAAGUGUCUAGAAUGCGCUUUCUCAAGGGAAAGAUGGGCGUGUGUUUUGACAUUCCUACAGCUGAACUAAGUAAAAUACAGCAAACAUGGCAAGAUACAAGACGCUGGCAACUUUCUGUGGCAACAGAAUUGCCUGAGCUUGAAGAAUCAUCACGUGAGAAUGGCUCAGAUUUCAGGAAUGGAAGGCGAGGUGGCGGUGGCUCAGAUUUCAGGAAUGGAAGGCGAGGUGGCGGCGCCAACAGGCAUGACCGAUUCAGAAACAGGGGCCAAAAACGAAGUUUUGACCGGGCUUUUUGAUCAUUCGUUAAUAUGUCAUACAUAAGUGGGACUAAAUCUCUUGUUUUAUCAGAAGUAAAGUUGAUUACACUUUCCUAUGUACUUUUA